UGGGCGAGGCGGGUCCCGCCCGGUCCCGGCGGAGCCAGCGCUGUGCCCGGUGGGGAGCGGAGCGGCUGUGCCCAUGGCCGAGCAGGGCUAUAUCCGUACCGUGCUGGGACAGGAGAUCCUGGGCGAGCUCGAUAGCUCCAGCCUGGCGCUGCCCUCCGACGCCCGGCUCCGGCUGCCGGGAGAACGCUCCGGGGAGGAGAAGGCGCUGCGCAUCCACCGGCAGGUCCAGCAAACGCUGGCCAGGAAGAGCCGCGGCUCCCUGCACAGCGGCAGUUUGCACCGUGCAUCCAGUGUUCCAGAGCGUGUCUAUAACAUCGGGAUUAUUGAAAAUGAUUUUGCAGCCAGAACUCCCUAUGGUUUCUCAUAUUACCAGUCAAACCAGGUGGCCUCACCAUCCUCUUAUGCAAAUGGCUGGGGGACAAAGAUUACUUACAAGACAAUGGAAGACAGAGCUCAAAGACAGCCUCUGAAGAGACUAGAGGUUUCACCCCAACGAGGUCCUGAAAGACUGUCAUGUGUUUCCAACGAUUUUCACUAUAAUGGAGGGAUUUCAGCUGGGUUCUCCAUGAGGCAUAGAGAUACUGGGAGAUCUAUCGGGACUAUACCACCAAGAUAUGCUCGGUCUGAAAUUGUUGGUUACACUCUUCGUGAUUCAGUGAACAGGGGACGCUCUUUUAAGAGACAAUCCCAUAUGGGGGCUACUAAUGAUGCCGUCCUCGAUUGUGUCUACCCCAGCCCCACUGUACCUCUGUACCAUCAAGCAGGCAACAGUCGCAGUAUGACCAACCUAUUGGAGAAAGAGAACUACCUGACCUCAGGCAGUGUGAUGGGACAAGUGAGAUCACCAAUUCCUUCUCAUUUAGGGUCUCAAAACAGGCAAUCUUUAAGGUCCAGCUGGUAUCAAACUACUUUCAGAAGCUCACAGAACAGGAGGGAACCUUCGCAGCCACCUUCAAUAGCCAGUGCUACUGGAGAAACAGAUGGGAAGAGGAUGCCAUUGACAGCUGCUAUGGCAGCAGCAGGGAGAAGUGGUUUCCUGCAGAAUGAACAAAUCACCAUCAAUGGAUCUCAGCUAGAGAGCCCAGAAGGGGAGAUGACUCUGGAGCUUGCAGUAAGCAUACUGAGGAGUGAAAAUACACAGUCCACGUCUAGGAUUCUUGCUGCAGUGACUUUCAUACAGCAUGAGUGCUUCCAGAAAGCAGAUGCCAGAAGAAAAGUUUUCUUACUUGGUGGUAUCCCCAAACUUUUACAGCUGCUUGAUGUUCAGAACGAGGACAUUCAGCGAGCAGCAUGUGGUGCUCUGAGAAACUUGGUAUUUGAGGACAAUGACAACAAACUGGAAGUGUCAGAACAGAAAGGGAUCCCACUCUUGCUCCGGGUACUCCGACAGGCCAGGGAUGUGGAGACUAAAAAGCAAAUAACAGGUUUGUUGUGGAAUUUGUCUUCCAAUGACCAGCUGAAGCACCUGUUGAUUAGAGAAGCCCUGCAGACUCUGACUGAAGCUGUUCUGAUCCCUUACUCGGGCUGGCCAGACCGAGAUUACCCAAAGUCAGGUGUUUUAACUGACCCCGAUAUCUUCUACAAUGCCACAGGAUGCUUGAGAAACAUGAGCUCUGCUGGCCCAGAAGGAAGGAAAAAGAUGAGAGAAUGUGAUGGCCUGAUUGAUUCCCUUGUGUAUUAUAUUCAAGGAACUAUUGCAGACCACGAGCCUAAUGACAAGGCCACAGAAAAUUGUGUGUGCAUUCUUCACAAUCUCUCCUACCAGCUAGAGAUAGAGCUCCCUGAGAGCUGUGCACACAGCAUAUAUAUGCAAAGAAGAAAUACUUCUCACAAUGAUAAAACACCAGGCUGUUUUGGAACAAGGAGCAGAAAAGUAAAAGAGAAGCAGCAAGACACCCCACUACCUGAGGAAAAGAGCAAUCCAAGGGGUGUUGAAUCACUCUGGCAUUCCACACUGAUUAGGAUAUAUCUCUCCUUAAUAGCAAAGAGUACCAGAAACUAUACCCAGGAAGCAUCCCUGGGAGCUCUUCAGAACCUCACAGCUGGCACUGGACCGAUGCCAUUUGCGGUGGCCCGGACUGUUGUUCUGAAGGCAAAUGGCCUUCCAAGUAUCCGAACUAUGCUGCAUGUAAGCCACCCUACAGUAAAGAAGACAGCAGUCUCACUGCUCAGGAACUUGUCUCGCAACACCUCUCUGCAAAGUGACAUAGCUAGAGAAGUUCUGCCUGAUUUGGUAUCAGUACUUCCCGAGUCUGUCCCAGCAUCUGAUAUUCUCUGUGAAACUACAGCAUCCAUCUGCUACACCUUGUACAAUUUGACGCAGAGCAAUUCUCACAAUGCUCGGCUUCUCCUGAAUGCUGAUGGCCUACCGAAGAUUAUUACCAUCAGCAUGAAUGACAGUAAUAUGUUCAGCAAAGCCAGUAGAGCUGCUUCAGUCCUCCUCUACUCCUUGUGGUCACAUACCGAUCUCCACAGCGCUUACAAAAAGGCUGACUUUAAGAAGGUGGAUUUCAUCAACUCUCGGACCACAAAAGCCUAUAACUCACUAAAAGAUUGAAUUAGAUCAUAACAUCUCUGAAGACAAAUGAGAUCAUACGUCAUCUAACGUAACUACGUUGAUGGAGUUGGUGUUGCCGUCAUCAACCAGAAAGUAACUCAGAAGAACGAGAUUGAUUUUAUAUGACUUGAGAUGAUAAGUGUUUUGUGGUUUUAAUCCUAGUCACCUUGUUGUCAUUGUAUAUAUCAAUAUAAGAAUACCCAAAGAUGGAUUCUUCAGGAUGUCUGAGCUGAAAUUUCAUCCAGGUUUACCACUAGUCAGAGCUUCAGAUAACUGCCUGUAGUUUAACAGGCGUUUAUACAGAGAGGUUUAAAAUGCUGCUUGGCAACAAAUUCUUUUCAGACUUUUAUACAGAUAGUUUUCUACAAUGGAUAAGCAUCAAGUGCACCGCUCAGGACACAGUAAUUUUUCACUCCUUUGUUUCUUCCCAUGCUAACUAAGAUUCUCCAGACACUGUGAGUAUACACAAGAAGCUUUGCUACCUGCAUUAUAAAAGCACCAACAAAGUUAAAAUUAUUAUUAUUUUUGUAUUGCUUGUAGUCAUGUGCUCACUGGUUCUUAAGCCUCUUUCCUAUGAGAUUUCAUCAGAAACAGCAAUAAAACUAAUCUUACAUAGGUGUCAAUAUGCCUUGCUCCUCUCAUCCUCCCUCACGUGGCUGUUGGAAUUUUUAACUGUCCAGAAAGGGUUUUAACUAGAACGAAUAUAUUUCAGACACUUUGGGCUGAAUUUAGAUCUCUUGUUUUUUGCUAAUUGGUUGAAAAGUUAGUUGCUGGUGAUUCAGUGAUUAUUUUAAGAAAACUGCCUUUUCAAAACAAUUCUGGUUUUAAUCUAUAUAGAGUGAAAGGAGUAGAGACUUGCCUUUAUUUUUGAAGAAAUAGAGACACACACAAGAGAUAAGGCUUCAUGCAGCUUAAGGAAUUCAUCUGAUCCUGCUUCAUAUUCUUUAACUUGAAAUUGUCAUCCUCCCUGCAGCAAUUAUAUGCAAUGUGAUAACUGAAGGACUAUGUCUGCAUCAGUGGGAAUAAGGUAACAGAAGGAGAAAAAUUACUAAGCUCCUAAAGGCUGCUCCCUUUAUACGAUCCUCAGAGAGGGAAAAGAAGCACUAGAAAAACCCUUCUCAUAUUUUAGUAAGCAAGAUUUAUCUAAACAAACUAGUAGUUAAAUUGUCCAUUAAAGCAAAAGGACAUUCAUAUAUAAAUAUAUAAAAUUCUGUGGACUGGAUUAUCAGAUGACAUAAUCUGGCAUGACUUUUCUGAAAUCAGGGAAUCUAAGCUACAUUUAUGGAAAUGAAGACAUAUUUUCAAGCCUUCCUUCAUGAAUGGAGCCCAUCUCGUACCCCUAGGCAGAACUGCUGGCACUGGAACAGUUACAGCUGUUCUUACCCAUAAAGAGAUGCAUAAUCCUUCAAGUAGGCACCUCACAGAGGAGAUCAUCAAGUCCCUUCAUUUCGACACUCCUGACCAAGGGUCUAGCUCCUAUCAGAAACUUAUAACUAGCGGAUUGUGACAUUGCACUGUGUCUAAACAUAUUUCUGGACACCAGGAGCUAAAUUCUGCUGGUAGGUGCACAUAGUUCACAUAGGGUUCUCAGGAAGUCCCACACAUACAUACAGAACAGAACAUGUCCAGAGGACUUAAGCAAACAACCCUGCUUUCCCGUCACAGAUCAUUUUCAUGAGUCUGUUAUUCCUCCACAUUUGCUUUGGAUAACUCAGAUCAAAUGCAUUCCAGUAAGAGGUUUUCAAAAUACUAUUGUUUUUUUAAGAGGUCAUUUUCAAAACACUCCAGGUCCAAAAACAACACGGGGGAAGGGAACUUACAGCACUACAUGUUGAGGAAAAUGUUUUUAUAAAUAUGACAGAAAACAGAAUUAAAAUCUAACUUUUUCUUCUAACUUGUUAACCCAAGUAAUGCUGCACGUGCCAUAAAUGAACAAAUACGUGGAGCCUGGACAAGUCUACUUUUAGUGCCCAAAAAAUAGUCGUAGAUAGAAUUAAUAUACAAAGACUACCCCUAGAUACAGAGUAGCACGGGAAUGAAGAAGUGCAGUCCAAGAUCAGGAAGGGAGCUUUUAGAAAUGUUUAAGUAUUGGUUUAGUUCCGUGAAACUCACACACUAUUUAAAAAACUAAAAAAAAAAAAAAUAAGAAGGAAAAAAAAAACCCAAUGCUGGACAUUUUCAAAUGCUUUACUUUCGUAUAUCUAAUUCCCAAUAAGAUGUCCUUAAGAACAAGUUACAGACUUUUUGGGUUGUUUCUGCUGACGAUGUCCCUUUAAAAUCAAAACAGUGUUCAGAAGUCACAAAGAAUAUCAGACCUUGCAACAACUGAAAGCUAUAAACAGGGAUGAGAAACAAUGACACAACUUAUUACAACUGAUCUCCUACUUGUAUGCAAUCAGGAACAUUUCAGGAGAUCUCCAAAGAAAGCAAGGAGUGUUAGUCAGAGAAGUAAUAAAGUGUUCUCUCUAAUGCAAAAAACCUGUCUUUGGUCUUUGUUGUUAUUAGUGAACCUACUUGCUAGGGUGCAGCAAAUUUAUUUUCAAGACCUAGCCCUUCCUUUAAAAGGGCAAACUGAUUUUUAAAUUAAAUCUAGAUACAGAGACUUAGACUUUUCUACAAUGGAAGAGUGUUUCUGAAGGCAAACUGAGCAAUGCUCCUGUUGGCAUCAGAGUGCUCCAGCAAAUAAUUUCUUUUUAAUUAAAAAAAGUGUUACAUCUCUCUUUGUCCAGUAUUGCUGACCUAUCAAAGCACCUGGUAUCCUGUGCCUUCACCCCUCUUUCGCUAGUCUUUGCCCAUAAACUUUACCGUGGACCAUAUCACCACCAGAGAUGUCAAAAAUAAUUAGGAUCAUCCUCACUGUAAUCUUGAACUUGGGAAAUAUAACCUCCUCACUUGCUCUUUUACAGAGAGGAGAUUUGAGACCUUGAAUUUAAACAUACUGGGUAGAAUCCAAAAAGUAUUUAGCUGGACCAGGAGCUGGCUCCAGGUCCUCCUGUUUGGAAAUAGUUCCUUAACCACAAGUCAGUACAUCCACCUUUCACUGAAUUGUUUUAUUAGAAACUGUAAUUAGUAUGGAUAACAUUGUAGUAGAUACCACAGAAUAUAUACGUUGAUUCAUUGCCAGAGAAUUAGUCAUUCCUUUCCCUAUUUCAUCCUCUUAUGGUUUUACUACUGUCAUUGCUCGUAAAUAUUGAUGGUGUUUUUCCUCCCUCCCUCGCUAAAUAGAACUCAACUAUGUAAAAAUAUUGCAUUACAUUGUGCACAGACACAGGGUUUAGGUU